AAACAGCAAGUCAACCACCUCCGUAGUUUGUUAGCCAACAUAGCAGAAAGAUUCAAGCUAUUUAUACGCUUUCAGCGUAUAUUAGCUACUGUGUUUUAGACACACUUCUGUCGUAUCUACUUGUUAACCUAUUUAAUUGAAUAUUACGUUAUUUUUUAUUAGUCAGCUAUUGUAGCUGGCUGGUUAAGUUAGCAUUAGCCUAGUCGCUAAUGAUAGUUAGCUAGCUAACCAGUGUUCCACUAGCUAGCUAACGUCCCCGAACAUGAGCUCCCUAAACUACUCCCCUCCUGUUAAAGAAGAGGCGGUCUGCUGGACGGAGAAAGAAGCUCUGGGGCUGAACAUUGUCGUGAAAGAGGAGAAGGAAGAGGAGGAUGUCACAGUAAAACAAGAAGUAGAGGGUGAGGCUGUUACAGUGAAAGAAGAAGAGAAAGACGUUUCAGUGAAAGAAGAGGAAGACGCGUUCAGAGUGAAAGAGGAGGAGGAUAUUACAGUAAAAGAAGAGGAGAAAGAGGAGGAUGCAGUUUUUGGAGUGAAGAAGGAAGGAGAGAUUACUGUCACAUUGAAAGAUGAAGAUGAGGAGAUAGGAGAUCUGAUUAACACCAGAAAGAUACGGGACUAUCGUGGAUCCUCUGGGGAGCCUCAACAACAUCAUGAUGCUGUCGAGGCAGAGAAGAGUCUCUCCAGAUCAGGACACCUCAAGAAACACCAGCAGAGACCCACAGGAAAGAAGCCUCACUGCUGCUCUGACUGUGGGAAGAGUUACUCAAGAUCAGAUUCACUUAAACUACACCAGAGAAUUCACACAGGUGAUAAAUCUCACUGCUGCUCUGAUUGUGGGAAAUGUUGCAAAUCGUCAUCAGAACUUAAACUACAUCAGAGAAAUCACACGGGAGAGAAACCUUACUGCUGCUCUGACUGUGGGAAACGUUUCUCAAGAUCAGAUUCACUAAAACUACACCAGAGAAUUCACACAGUUGAUAAAUCUCACUGCUGCUCUGAUUGUGGGAAAUGUUGCAAAUCUUCAUCAGAACUUAAAAUACAUCUGAGAAAUCACACCGGAGAGAAACCUUACUACUGCUCUGACUGCGGGAAAUGUUUCUCAAGAUCAGAUUCACUAAAAGUUCACCUGAGAAUACACACUGGAGGGAAAUCUCACUACUGCUCUGAAUGUGGGAAGAGAUUCAACUCUUCAGUAGACCUUAAAAUGCAUCAAAGAAUUCACACAGGAGAGAAACCUUUUGGCUGUGAUCACUGUGGGAAUAGUUUUACUCAGCAAAGCAACCUGAAAUCACACCAGAGAAUACACACAGGAGAGAAACCUUAUGGCUGUGAUCAAUGUGGAAAGAGUUUUUCUCAGCAAAGCAACCUGAAAUCACACCAGAGAAUACACAGUGGGGAGAAACCUUAUGGCUGUGAUCAAUGUGGGAAGAGUUUUACUUUGUCAAGCUGCCUGAUAGUGCACCAGAGAACACACACUGGAGAGAAACCUUUUAGCUGUACUCAAUGUGGGAAGUGUUUUGUUACAUCUGGCAAUCUGAUUGUACACCAGAGAACACACACAGGAGAGAAACCUUAUAGCUGUACUCAAUGUGGGAAGAGUUUUACUCAGUCAAGCAGCCUGAUAGUACACGAGAGAACACACACACAGUAGAGAAGCUUCACCAUUGUUCAGAUUGUGGGAAAAGCUUUUCAACAUCACAGACUUUGAAGCUGCACCAGAGAACACACACAGGAGAGAAAUCUUAUAGCUGUAAUCAAUGUGUGAAUGGUGUUACUUGGCUAAACAGCCUGGUAUCACACCAGAGAACACACACAGGAGAGAAACCUCUUAGCUGUGGUCAAUGUGACAAGAGAUACUCUGAUAAAAGAUCUCUGAUCAAACAUCAGAAAAUACAUACAUGAAGAAGUUGUUUCAUGAUAUCAAUGAAAUAAUGUCACAAUAUAAUGAUGUCACAAUGUAGAAUGUUUUAACAUUGUAGUAGGAGUAUUUUAAGAUGUCACAAUGUAGAACCCUAAACGUUUGUCCCCUGUUCUAUUGAUUUCAACAUGAUAUUGAUAUUAGCCUCAGGGGGAAAAUCCAGGUUCUGAAUUGAAAGAGUACUAUUUAUGUGAUUUAACAAUAAGUGAUUAACAAAAGAAAAGAAGAGUCGUUACACUUACCACAUUGUUGACCCACUUGAAUCAAAAUGCAACACUUCAAAAUGUAGCGAUCUGUUUUUCUACAAAUUGUUCUCUAACCAGUGAUGUACACAUUAUUCCCAGAUUCCGUGUGGUUUUUGAGCUGUUAGUUUUAACAGGACGUGCAACCUCGUGUCCCUUCUGUCACACAAUUGAUUUCAACAUGAUAUCGAUGAGUGAUGACAAAUAAGACACAGAAUAAUAAACUGGUCUAUAAUCAAUUUGAUUAACAAUCUGACAUCACUCAAUCACAUCACUCACACUUCAAAUGCUAAUUAUCUUUAUUCCACUACUGAAGAAGCAUGACUCAAAUCACCUCAUAUUUCAAACAUCCAGCCUGACAAAAGAUACAUGUUUUAUUAUUCCAUGCCUCACCAUUAAGUGAAUUAUUGCAACUACAUAUGAACAAAGGGGUGUACAUUUGUUUUUUAUAUUUCAUAUUUACAAUUCAUGUAACAUUUAGUAAUCAUAAUUAUUU